UUACGUAUACUUAUAUUAAACAACUUUGUAUACGGGGAUAUAUGACACCCGGAGUUUAAUACUUCGUAAUAAGUGAAAACAGUUGUAUCCAUCAAACGUGACGUCAUGGCUUCUAGAAUCAUUGUGACAUGGUGUCAAAUAUGUCUAACGAUAUUUACUGUAAUUAUUAACUUACGUGAAUCAAGUGGUGUGCCAAAUAACGCGGAUACUCUGAAAACAAGACAGAUUUCACCAAAAUUGUUCAACAUAGAAGAGAAUGUCAGCGACCGAAGAUUUUCUCUAAAUUCAGGAUCGGAAAUUAACGACACAGAAAAUAACACAUUACAAACCCUAAUUGAUGUGCCAAUUGAUUCAGAAAGUUUGGCUACGAGACAAAAUUCUCCGACAUUUUUCAACAUAGAAAUGAAGGCGAACAACCGAAGACUUUCUCUGGGUGUGGCGUCGAAUAAAAAUGAUGAUCUGCGGAAGAGACUUCUUGAUCUCAAUAUGUGGUUUCCGUGUGGCACAGUUGAUCGUUGUCGGGUCGGGAGAAACUAUUGCAACGUUGAUACUAACAGGUGUGAAAUAUGUAAUUCCGAUGUAUGUCACGGGUCAAACGCCGACAGUAUGUGCAAUUUUAUGUGUAAAGAAAUCCCAUCACCAGAGGAAUCUUCCACUGCCUCUUCUGGUACCACACCUCCAGUUACCAUAACAACAGAAAGAUGUCCGAAUGUAUCACCAUCGGAACUAACAACUAAUGACUGUCCAUGGAAAAAAGUUUCGGUUGUGGUUAUCAUUUGUCUCGCACUGACAUGGACUACCCUCAGUUUGCUUGUGGUAAAGAAACGCUAUGGGCGCAAAAAAUCCGCAGAUAUAACAAGAGCUGACCAAGCAACUUCUCUUAAGGAACUGGCCACAACAGAUCGGGGUUAUCCUGUUAUGAUGCGCCAAGACAGUACUGACGCUGAACGUGCGGUAUCCAACUCACCAGUUCCUUGAUUUUUCAAUUUCAAAUGAUAUCACAUUGUAUAUGCUUAAUAUUAAACGUAUA